GCCAAAAAAGGGUUUCAUUUGGAUUCCCCUAUUUUGAAAAUCACAUAUUAAUUUCCUUCAUAUGAACAGAAAAAUAGGAUGACUCAAAGAAGUUCUCUACCAGGAACUUUGUAUCGCGCACAUGACUUAGCACAACUAGGAAAAUAAGAUAAGAUAAAGAUAAGCAAGACUAAAAAAAUAUUCGUCGGAAUAGUGGAAUACAAAAUAAAGAAACGCAAAAAAAUAAAGGGGAACCUAAUCUCACCCCCUUCCUUAUCAUAAAGAAAGGGUAUAUUUUAAAACUUCUCUAAAAAGAAGUGCCUCUAUAUUUAUAUUAUAGAUUUAUCCACUUAGAUGAAUAAAUCAUACUCUAUCUAUAUUAUAUAUUAUUAAUAAAUAUGUAUCACAAUCCAUCUCGAGGUAUUUGGAUCAAUACCUAUUCGGUGGAUCUUUUUUUUUCUCUGCCAGGAACCAGAUUUGAACUGGUGACACGAGGAUUUUCAGUCCUCUGCUCUACCAACUGAGCUAUCCUGACCUUUUCUUGUGCAUCAUCCUAGUAGAGUAUUUGUAUCUAUGUCAAUUAAAAGGACUAAAAAAUCAAUUAAAGUAUUUCAAAUUCAAAAUUUGAAAGGGGGGGGGUAGCCCUAUGCAUUGUGCAUGGUUUACUUAAAUAAUACUUAAAAAUAGAGUGAAUAACCAAGAUUUCUUGCCGAUACUCUAAUAAAAAAGAAAUCUAUUCAAUGAAUAGGAUAAGAUCCAUUGAGUUCUCUUCGCAUUCCUUUCCUUUGUGAAAGAGUAGAAUGAGAAAGCUAAUGAAUCUUAAACCCAUUGAUAAAAAGAAAAAAAAAGAGGAUUUGGGGAUAGAGGGACUUGAACCCUCACAACUUAAAAAGUCGACGGAUUUUCCUUUUACUAGAAAUUUCAUUGUUGUCAGUAUUGACAUGUAGAAUGGGACUCUCUCUUUGUCCUCGUCCGAUUAAUCCACUUUCUUUUUAAAAGUUCUCAAAACUUUGAAUUUGAAUUGAAGAAUUUGAUUAUUCAAUAUUCGAAUGGAGUGGAUUCACAAUAAUUCAAAAUAAAAUUAUGAUAUGAGUUUUUUAUUUCAUAAUCAUUUCGAAUUUUAUUUUGAAAUUUUAAAAAAGAUAAAGAACCUAUAUUAUAAUAUGAGUUCUGUGAUUAAUCGUUUGCUAUGUCAGUAUCUAUACGUGUUUAUUAAAUGUAUAAAGUAUAAAACCCCUCUUUCUCUAAUUUAGAAUUAGAAGGAAUUCCACUAACAACACAACGUAAUUAACUCGAUUCGUUAGAACAGCUUCCAUUGAGUCUCUGCACCUAUCCUUUUCCUUUGUAUUCUAGUUCGAGAAUCCCUUCUCAAAACACGGAUUUGGCUCAGGAUUGCCCUUUUUUAAUUCCAGGGUUUCUCUGAAUUUGGAAGUUACCACUUAGCAGGUUUCCAUACCAAGGCUCAAUACAAUCAAGUCCGUAGCGUCUACCGAUUUCGCCAUAUCCCCACUUCCCUCUUCUUUGAGACCAGGAUUCCUUGUGUAAUUUCAUCCAUCUCUUAGUUUUUUUUUUGAAUCAUUGAGUUCAUCACUCAACGUAGUCUAGCAGUUCAGUUCGACUCUAUUUGAGAGACCCCGCUUGCUUAUUGCAAUUCUGAAUUACAUUGAUUCUAUCCUUGAUGUAUUUGCAAUUCAAUCCGAAUCAAUAUAUCCAAAACUUUUUAUCUCCCCCACCUCCCGUCUUACUUUUUUAUAGUAUUCGAAAUUAUACUAUAACGCUGGAUAUUUAUUCUUUUUUUCUAAUCAGAAUUAUCAAUUUUAUUUACUCUGACUUUAUGUUCCCCUUAGUGAAAUAUUAAUCCUCAAAUUAUUAACAAAUAAUAAAGUCUAUAAUGAUCGAAUGAAAAUACCCAUAAAGUCUAUAAUUUUCUUUUUAAAUAUCCUAUAGUUAAGCAUAUCAAGCUAACUUUAUCUUUAAGAAGUUUUAGUAUUUUUUUAUUUAGUAUUUUUUUAUAAGUAGAACUUCAAAUUUAGAACUAGUUAAUAGCUAAGAGUAAUAACUAAUAUCUGAGAUUUUACGGAUUUCCUAUACUAUACCUAUUUCUAUUUGUUACACUAUUUCCGUUAUGUAAGCCCACUUAGCUCAGAGGUUAGAGCAUCGCAUUUGUAAUGCGAGGGUCAUCGGUUCAAAUCCGAUAGUCGGCUUUUUUUUUCUCUAUCGAUGUUCUACGAACAAGAAUCUCUUUUUUUCCGAAUUAAAUGGAGAAUCCAGGAUCUUUUAUGUUUUUUACCUUACUAUUUUGCUAGAUACAAAACAAUAAAAUAAAUAAUAUAUAUACAAAAAAUACAAAAAAUACAGAUUUUGAUGAAAUUCCAUUUUUUGUGGUACUUUAGUUGAUUUUACUCUGUUUAUCCUGUAGUUUAAUUCAGUUUUAAUUUCGAUGUAUUCUGUAAUGUAAAUACAAUGAAAUUAAUUGUGUAAAAUGAAAUUUCAAUAAAAAAAAGGAGUCUUCAUGUCCCGUUAUCGAGGACCUCGUUUAAAAAAAAUACGCCGUUUGGGAGCUUUACCAGGACUCACUAGAAAAACACCUAAAUCCGGAAGUAAUCUUAAAAAAAAAUUCAAUUCUGGGAAAAAGGAGCAAUAUCGUAUUCGUCUUCAAGAAAAACAGAAAUUGCGUUUUCAUUAUGGUCUGACAGAACGACAAUUACUUAGAUAUGUACAUAUCGCUGGAAAAGCAAAAAGGUCAACAGGCCAGGUUUUACUACAAUUACUUGAAAUGCGUUUGGAUAAUAUCCUUUUUCGAUUGGGUAUGGCUUCAACCAUUCCUGGGGCCCGCCAAUUAGUCAACCAUAGACAUAUUUUAGUUAAUGGCCGUAUAGUCAAUAUACCAAGUUUUCGUUGCAAACCCCGAGAUAUUAUUACUACGAAAGAUAACCAAAGAUCAAAAGGUCUGGUUCAAAAUUAUAUUGCUUCAUCGGACCCGGGGAAAUUGCCAAGCCAUUUGACGAUUGACACAUUGGAAUAUAAAGGACUAGUAAAUAAAAUCCUAGAUAGGAAGUGGGUCGGUCUCAAAAUAAAUGAGUUGUUAGUUGUAGAAUAUUACUCUCGUCAGACUUGAACUUAAUGAAAAAAGGAAAGGUUCAUAGAAUUUUCUUCCCCUUCCCCUUUCCCCGAACUAAAUAGCCCUAAGACCAUUACCAUUAAUUCGUAUUUUCCCAUCAACUAGCUAAAAUUGAUUAACCCUAGGAUUAGGAUCCUUUUUGCUUUUUUCCUCUAUGUUUACAUACCACAGUAAUUUGCUAUAGAGAAUUUUUAAUUUCUAUUAAAUAAAAAUAAGAUAAUAUAAGAUAUUAUUACUGGAAUAAAUUGCUAUUUGAUUUGAUACAUUGUGAUCCUUAACGUUGAUGAAUUAAGAAAAACGGAAAGAGAGGGAUUCGAACCCUCGGUAAACAAAAGUCUACAUAGCAGUUCCAAUGCUACGCCUUGAACCGCUCGGCCAUCUUUCCUACAUAACUUAUUAUGGAAAAUAAACUGAGUGAAUAGCGAGUUUUCUUAUUCCUGCAGUACAGGUACAACCGCAACCGCUCGGGGGUUCCCUAGUUCUAUUGGAAAAAUUCCUUUUGAUCUAGGUGGAAGGAUACAGGAUUUUUUACUAGAAAUUGCGCUCGCUAUAAAAUAAAAGUUUUAAUUUAGGUUUUCCCGCAACUAAAGAAAAAGAGAAUGCAAGAAUUCUUCUUAUUGCAUAAUAAAAUAAAGAAACCUUAGAAUUCCGUUUGCAUAAGAUACGCUACACCAUUGAAAUCAAAAAUAGAGUAUGAGACAAUUAAUAACUUUGAAAACACGAAAUAGUUGAUGACAUAAGUUGUUGUUCAGAAAUAGGAAAGUGGAAUGAAAUCCAGUCUUAGUCAAAUAUUGCAUAUCUCUUCGUGUCCAAGCAGAAGGAAAAGGAUACAAUUUGAGCUGAGCGGAAAAUCCAUAUCUCUCUUAUCCAUUUAAAACAUAUGGAUUUAGAGCAUAUGGAUCAAUCUAUUUAUAAUUAUAAGAAUCGAAUGUGUUUGUUUUUAUGUUAUUUUGUGAAGGAAUGAAAACAAUUCUAUAUAGAAUGGCUUGGGAAUUAUGCCUAGAUCCCGUGUAAAUGGAAAUUUCAUUGAUAAGACCUUCUCAAUUAUAGCCAAUAUUUUAUUGCGAAUAAUUCCGACAACCUCAGGAGAAAAAAAGGCAUUUACUUAUUAUAGAGAUGGGAUGUUGGCUCAAUCCGAAGGAAAUUAUGCGGAAGCUUUGCAAAAUUAUUAUGAAGCUACGCGACUAGAAAUCGAUCCCUAUGAUCGAAGUUAUAUACUCUAUAACAUAGGCCUUAUACACACAAGCAAUGGAGAGCAUACAAAGGCUUUGGAAUAUUAUUUCCGGGCACUAGAACGAAACCCCUUCUUACCGCAAGCUUUUAAUAAUAUGGCCGUGAUCUGUCAUUACCGAGGAGAACAGGCCAUUCUAGAGGGUGAUUCGGAAAUUGCGGAAGCUUGGUUUGAUCAAGCUGCUGAAUAUUGGAAACAAGCUAUAGCGCUUACUCCGGGAAAUUAUAUUGAAGCACAAAACUGGUUGAAGAUUACGAAGCGCUUUGAAUUUGAAUAAGACCAUGCUCCUUUUUUUUCCUAAAAUGGAUGGUUUGGUUGUUGAUCCAUUAAUCAAAUAAAUUAGGUCGUAAGAUCGAAUCAAGAAUUUCAUUAUAUCCAUUUCUUAUACCUUCUAUUUUAUAAGAUAUUUCAUAAGAAUAAACCAUAGGGAUAGGGUCUAGAAUAGAAGUAAUAAAGUGAAUAAAAAAAAGGGGGCCAAUCUAAAUAUUGCUAAUAUAUUAGAACCAUCUUAUUAAUAAUUCUAAUGAGUUAUCUUGGAAUUUAGAAUCAAAUAAAAAAUAAAAAACCCUAUAUUAUGCUCAAGGAAAGUAGAUAUAGAUAGGAGCUUAUGCCCUAAAAAAAAAUACACUAGUUUCUUAAAUUUAAAA